AUGUCAACUCGACCCGACUCCGCGGCGGUCGCAAAGCCGCGAUCUCGUCGGUCUAUCGCUCAUGUCCCGCGGUCUAGGAUGACGUCUGGGUUGGACAAGGAGAAUGCAACAACUGAGAUUGGCGCGGUUCAACCCUUUUCGAAUAAUACAAAGCCUUCUAUGAGGGACAAGAAGUCUCGGAGUAAGAGUUUGGGGCCCGGUGGACUAGAUGCCCUCCAAAAUUCUAACGGCAAUCGUCGCCAGUCUACAGCGUCUUUCCCACUAAAGUCCAUCCUGAAACCAACAGUCCCCGUCUCUCCAGUGCGAACCAUCCCGUCAUUCGAAGAAACGCGCCGACGUACACCAGCUCGUAGUACACAACAGGCACAUGACGGCACGAUGGACGGACAGGGCCAAAGGCGCAAAGAGAAAGAGGGUCUGUUGAUCGACUUUGAACCAACUCCAGGACCCCCAAGAAAAGAUAAUGACAACGACGACACGGCGAACCCGUUUGAUACAUUUAAUGCGACUUCUGCCAUUCGCGAGGAGCUGGCUGCUACCAAGGAGCGUGAUGAACAAGAACGCAAAGAUCGUGAACGACAGAACAUCUUAGAGAAACGAGCGGCGCGGAGAAAAUCAAUGGCAAACCGCCGAGUAUCCUUUGCCCCCGAGGCAACUUUACAUACCUGGAACGUGGUGGAAAUUCCGGACGACUCAACCUCCUCCUCUGCUGCGAACUCAACAAGACGCGCAUCUGCUGCCACAAACUCCCAGAACCAACCUGCCCCUACCUCGCCCACCAAAGAUGCUCCAUAUUCCCCAGCAGAGUCAGAAUUCGGAUUCUCCCCUGUCCGCACACAAGAUCUGGACCAGAUAAGAGGCCGCACAUCGUCUGCGGAUGGCGAUGAUGGUCUCCAGGAUUUAUCUUCUAGUCCGUUCAGUGGAAGCUCGGUAGGAAGCGAAGACACCGGUGCCCAAAGCCUAGCCGGAGAAGAGGAGGAUGAUGGCGAUUCUUCGGGAUCUGACGAUGGGUUUGAUGCCGAGAGCACUGCGAUGAGUAUGGAUGAUAUGACAGCGCGCUCAGGCAUGAGUGUCCAAUCAGACGCAAGUUCUAGCUCGAGCUCUAGUGCCAGACUCAACGAAGCACUGCGCCAGGCCGCAAAGGAAGCAGGAACUGAAGUUGAUGAGGAUGAGGAUGUCUCAAUGGAAAUUGCGGAUCAAGAAAUAACCGGUGCUUUCCAACCGUGGAUCAAAAAGGGCCAAAGACAAAGCUUUGACUGGGGAGAUAUUAGUGCACGACAUGAGGAGGAUAACCUCCGUCCGUCUAAGGCGGCUACUACUCAAGGUCUACCCGAAUCAGAUGAUAUCGAUGAGGAUGAAGAUCUCAGCAUGGACGUGACGAAUGCUGUAGGUCGUAUUCUUGGCAAGUCUCCUGGCCGCCGCCAGAGCACAGCUCGUCGUCAGUCCGUGGCAGAAGAAUCAAACUACGGAGAUCAAACCAUGGAGAUGACCAAUGUCGUCGGCGGCAUCGCGCAGGAGGAUUCGCCUUCAAAGUUUUCUGAGAUUGGCAAUGAUGAUGAAGGAAUGACAAUGGAAUUCACUUCGGCCGUUGGCAAAAUCUUGGGUAACCAGCCUACUUAUGCCUCCAAAUCUGAUCACAUGAACUUCGAUCAAGACAACGAGUCUGAUGAUGGUAUGGACAUGGAGAUUACUAGUGCGAUUGGUGGUAUCCUGCAGUCAGGGAUCGAAGCCAAUGACAAAGUGCACGCGAAGUUGAUGAUGGAGCUCGAAACAGAUUCCGGUCAGCUUGCUAGCUCGCCUUUCCAAGACAAUGUUCGGCAGUCUCCUGCAAAGUCUCCUGCUAAAUCACCUUUGGCUUAUCAAAUUGCUGCGGUUGCGUCCGCAACUGGGAGCCCCAGUUUGGCAACGGUGCGAGCUAGGCCUCCCCGACGUAGCUCCACUCCAGGAUCGUCAGACACACCUGGGUCAGCCAGCCGGCAACGAUCAUCACACACGAAACCAUUAACUCCGCCCAAACAGUCCACCCCUCAGGCGAAACCCACCACCCCGAGCAAGACACCCCCCUCUGGCAAUGUUGCUUUCAGAAGUGCUUCGCCGAGGAAGCUCUUCCAGCCCGAGCUCCAGCAAUCAGUAGAUAAGCGAAAAUCUCUACGACAAAGCCUGUUCCAGCAUAACAUAGCCACAGGAGAGUCGACUCCGCUCUUCAAAUUGCAACCACGCGAGGGCCGGCGUUCUUCUGGUUUAGGGAUUGACAAAGGGGGUCUUGGAUCUCCUCGCGUGGCUGCUUUACUUGACAAACGCCAGUCGCUCGGAGAUAGUACGCCCCAGUUCAUUCCGCAAGAACAGCCCCGAUCUGGCGUACGCUUCGAGGAUCCUCUGCAAAUGCAAGCCGAGGAAGAACGCGAUCGCGAAGAAGAGGAACUCCAAGGAGAUGGCCAUGUCGCGGACUUGCAGUCAGAUCGGGAUGUAACCCCCAGCUUGAAGGACAUGAUCUCAAACAUGAGCCCAAAAAAGACUAGAAUCGGCAGCCGUAAGAGUCUUCAUGUUGGAGCUGCUCGCGGAAUUCUGGGAAAGCGCCCGGUCGAGCUGGACUUGGAUGAAGACGAAGUCGAGAAUUCCCCCAAGCGAUUGCGUGGCCACAAUGUCAGUCCAGUUAAAGGUAUCAAGUUGCCAACACCGAUGUUCAAGGAAGGCAAUGUUGGCCGGCUGGUUCUUCCGCCUGUCCAUAAAGCUGCUAGCUCAUCGCCUCCCAAGGGCAGCACCACGCCCUCCCAGCAACCACAGAGUGCCUCCCAGACUUCGACGACUCCUCUCAAGCAUAGGAUCGAUGCUCUUCAUAUUGCCUCCGACCCCCAACAGCCAGAAGAAGAAGAGAACACUCCCGUGGAAGAAACUCCCGUGGAAAUUGAGUCUAUUCAGUUGCAGGAUUUCCUGAAAAUGACCAAUAUUCAUUUCAUGGAGCUCACUACGACAAAGAGACGACAUACAACUGCUCCUGGCAGUGCCACCAAGAAGCUGACGCGGCGCUCUGGUGAGAACAUGCCCAAACCAGGCUCGAUAACAUUUGAUGAUUGUGUGGCAGCUGGCUUUUGUACAGUGCCAAUGCUUGAACUGUACCAACAUUCAUGCCGGGAGUUGAAAUCCUAUAUUUCUGAAGGCCGGCAAGUGAUCCGCUCUAUUGAAGCAGAAACAUAUGCCGAGAAUCCACCCCUCUUCAAUGAGUAUAUUACCGCUCCGCCAGAUAUCCGAGUGAUCAUGGAUAACCAAUUCCGAAACGCCAAGACCCAUGCUCGUCUGUUGAGCAAGGCUACAUGGUAUGAAUGGCGGAUGAAGUUGCUUGAGGGACUUAAGGAAGGACUGGUUCGCCACGUUGAUGAAAUGAAAGCAGACGAUGAUCUGCUAUCUGAACGAGAAGAGAUACUCAACCGGAAUGUGCCACCACUCGUGGAGAAGCACGCCUCUCUCGAGCAAGAGGCAACCGACCUACAACAGUUGGUGGACGAGAUGGAGAAUUGUGAUCAAGAUGAGCUACGUAGUACGCGCAGUAAGCUAUCUGAGGUGGACUCUGAAAUCGCAACUAAGAAACGGGAACUUGAGCGGCUGCAGAAGGAAGUUCAGGAGAAAUCCUCUUUCAUCGAGGCUGGAGCCGAAAUGCGGGAUGAGUUCCUGGCUCAAAUCCAGGAGGCAGAGCGUGUGAAAGAAGAGUGCCGUGGGUGGAGUGCCCGAGAGAUCAACGAACUGAAGGCCUCUGUCCAACGAAUUCAGCAAAAAACUGGCUGGUCGAUCAUUUCGGCCUCCACCGCUCCAGAUUCAUCUAAGGGACCUUUAUUGAAGAUGGCUUACCGGGACCAGCUUCAACUGGAGUUCUACCCUGUAGCUUUUGCUUCAAAGAAUAGUAGCAAAGACGAAAGAAAGAACUACCCGAUUGAACUGACCCAAAAGAAUGCCAAAAUUUCUCCCAUUGCGUCCUUGGUCCUCCACUCGCUACAGCACCACCUGACUACCAUCCAACAAUCCACUGUCGCACCCAAGCAGCUCUUGCACUUCAUCUCUAGCGCAUGGGACCGCACAGUUGGGCUGGAAAACGAAGCGCGCAUGCUGGAAUUCUGUGGUGUCACCCGCCUCACCCUAUCCAAGCCUGAUAAGGGCUCUCUUUCUCUACGCACACGCUGCACGCUUCUCGACAACGCCACCGUCUCCACACCUAGCCGUAAAGAAGCUGACUCGAAGAAAAACAGUGCCAAGAGAAUAGACGUCGACUUCAUUGUCCGUACCCGCAUUGAUAAAACCAAUGCAGACAAGACGGUCGGUGUCUUGGACUUUGAUAUUGACGCUCUGGCGACGAAGGUCUAUGGUUUCGGAACAGGUAGCAAGUCUGGUCCUCCAGACAAGGAGUUGCAAAGCAUCCUCGGUAAAUCUCUUGGUCAGGAAAAGGACCGAGAUAUUCAGCUAGGAAACGGCGUGUGGUGCAAGGCAGUGCGCACGCUCACGGGAUCUGUGUUUUAG